CACUCCGGUGAGCUCCACUCCCCAAGACCUUUAUAUACCGGAAGCUUUCUCCCCUUCCUUCCCGUCGCCUGUCUUUCUCUCCAUUCGGGAGUCCCGUCGCCGGCAGCCAGCGGCAAGAGGAGAUGGCGAAGAGCGGGAAGGGGAAGCUGAGCAAGCUUAAAUGCAUGAUAAAGCGGUGGCACUCGUCGAGCAGGAUCGCCGUGGGGGGCGGCGGCGGAGGCCGGGGCUCGGCUUCGUCGAGGUCGCAGGACGAGGACGCGUGGCAGUCAGCGUCGCUCCACGGCGACGAUGUCCCGGCCGGGCUCCACCUGGUGUACGUCGGCAAGUCUCGCCGACGGUACCUCGUCAGCUCCGACCUCGUCAACCACCCCCUCUUCCGUGUGCUCGUCGAGAAGUCCGGCGCCGCCGCCGCCGACGCCGACGCCACCGUGGUGGGCUGCGAGGUGGUGCUCUUCGAGCACCUCCUCUGGAUGCUGGAGAACGCGGACCCCCAGCCCGAGUCCCUCGACGAGCUCGUCGAGUUCUAUGCCUGCUGAGGCGGCGGAGCAAUGUUACGUCGGAGUACCGGACUCGCCAGUUCUAAGUAGCUUGUUCUGUUGUAGGGGUAGGUGCUGUAAAAUUUUCCUAAUGAUGAGGACUUAAAAGGAAUAAUGAAGUGAGGAGGACUCACUAACCCGUUUCCAAUCUCGGAGGAGGAUAUGAUAUUUGGAGAUUAAUCUCAUGAUGUUCCGUUUUUAAAUCUUGUGGUAAAUAUUUUAUAUUGUUGAUGUAAUCUUGCUUGCCCGAAUUUUUUAUGAAAAUAAUUAUGUAAAUUUUAAUUUGAACGAUUGUGUUAUAUUUGUUGUC